GAGUUUGACACUCCUGUAUUAAACGUGUGUGUGUGUGUUUAACAUCCAUUCUUUGUCCAUUUAUUGUGUGAUAGUAUGCGUCUGUGUUUUGGGUGGGAGGCGCCUACGGUUCCAGAUGGACUUUAACCGAUAAAGCAUUCACGGCGAGCACAGGACGUUUCUUUGAUGGGGUCGCGGUCGCAGUGUUUACAUGGAAGCGUGUCCCAGGCUGUUACGAGUAAAAACUGUUCUGCAAUCUCUUCUCUGUCCACAGCAAUCUUCCUUUUCGAACCUGUCACGGUGAGGUCGCUGCAGUAAUAUGCGCGUGCCUGGUGACUCGUUUUAAUUCUCCGCCUCUUUCUUAAAAGGAAAAAGCCUUCGCUUUCAUUUUAUUUUUUGGUUCGCUUUCCCCGGACGUUGUUGAUGUGACAGACGAUGGCAGAGGCCAGACUGCGAGAACUUCGGGAUCAGAUUACAUGUUCGGUGUGUCUGGAGACCUUCAAGGAGCCGGUGUCGCUCCAUUGUGGACACAGUUUCUGCAUGGAGUGCAUUACGGAUUGCUGGGACCACUCCGGAGUGUGCUACUGCCCUCACUGCAGGAAGACCUUUGCACCAAGGCCGGAUCUGUGUAAAAAUACUGUGCUGGCCGAAGUGGUGAACAAAUUAAAAGCGACGGUAAUGAGACCCACUCCACCGAAGAAUUACCCAGGAUCGAAAAGUGGGGUUCGCUGUGACGCCUGCACCGAAACGAAGACCAGAGCUGUGAAGUCCUGUCUGACAUGCCUGGCCUCCUUCUGUGACACUCACAUCCAGCUUCACUACUUGAUCCCUGCCUGGAAGGAACACAAGCUGAUCGACCCAAAUGAAGAUCUCCAAAAGAGACAAUGCACAAAGCACCACAACGGCUUGGAGCUUUACUGCAGAACGGACCAGGCGGCCAUCUGCAUGCAGUGUGUGGUCAUGGAGCACAGCAAUCAUGAAGUAGUGGAAAUGGAGUCAGAAAUCAACCAAAAACGGAAAAAGCUGGAAUGGAUGUUGGAAGACUUCCAGAAGAAAGUCCAGCAAAGACUAAACAAAAUGGAAGAGAUCAGACGGGCCGUGAGCCUCAUUAAGGUAUCUGCAGAGAGGGAGAUGCAGGAAAUUGAGAAGGUCUUCACAGAUCUGAUUGGCUGCAUUGAGGAAACAUGCAAGAAAUUGACAAAUCAGAUUAGAGAGCAAAAGGAGAGAGAUGUGCAAAAGGCAAAUGAAGUCACAGAGCAACUGGAGAAGGAGAUGGCAGAGUUGAUGAAAAGAAACGCCGUGCUGACUGAGCUCUUAACGACAGAGGACGACAGUCAUUUCCUACAGACUUUCUCCUCCCUCUCUUCUAUUCCUGAAGAUGAAGAUUUGCUGAACAUCGUGAUCCCCACAACCUUUUCUUCUGCGGGCUUGAAGAUGGAGCUGUCCAGUCUGAAAGAACGCCUGAAGAAAAUAAGCCAACAGAAAAUUGAGGAAUUCACUCCUGCAGGUCACAAUGCUCCAGAUUACAUCCUUCAGUCUCCAGCACCUCAGAGCAGAGAGGAGUUCUUACAAUGUGAGAUAUUGUUUUCCUUUUACAUCAGAUUUUCAGUGUGGUAGUCAGCAAUCCUUACUUGUAACUGUAGAGCAGGGGUCUCCAACACGUCGCUCGC